AGGGUAGUAUGCUGUUAAUUUUGAGUAUCAAGAUUCAAACUUUGUGCUUUUUGUUUUUCAUAGUUUAUUGUUCUCUUUAUUUGAGCUGGUAGCUUACAGGGUUCUUUGUGAGAUAGAAAAAUAAAUUGCUUACUGGUUUAUGGAUUUUAACAUGAUUAUUGAUUAGUUGUGGAAUUGUGUUGUGUGUAAAGAUUUUAUUUUUGUGAUGUUGGAGUUGAGUUUCCAUGCUAAUUUUUGAGGUGUCAGAGGUUGGCUAUAGCAGGAGUUAGGACUUAGGGGAGGUAGAGGUAGGCCGCAGAAGAAUUUGGGGGAGGUGAUUAGACAGGACAUGACAGAGCUCCAGUUGACUGAGGACAUGAACUUGGAUAGGAAGGUGUGGAGGUCGAGGAUUAGGGUAGAUGGUUAGUAGGUAAUACAGUGUUAUCGUACUUUUAAUUGUAUGAUUUAGGGUAGUAGUGUAGUUUCUUUUUCGCUAAUGUGUAUUGAUAUCUGUUGCUAUAUUUGUUUUGUACAUUUGCUAUUUUGUUGUCCCUUGUUCUUUCCUACGUUUCUGCAUCGGUUACAUUUCUUUUGAGCUGAGGGUCUACCGGAAAAAAGCCUCUCUAUCCCAUAAAGGUAGAGGUAAGGUUUGCGUACAUCUUACCCUCCCCAGACUCCACUUGUGAGAUUACACUGGGUAUGUUGUUGUUGUCGGUUACAUGAAAACUGAGUGCGAGUAGCGUGAUUAUGUUACUAUUGCCAGAUUUCAAUGCCAUAGGACGAAUGGUAGUUUUCUAUUCAAAAUAGAAAGUAAGUCAAAUUUGUCUAAAUACUAGGCCUAAAAUGUGACCCCGAGUAUGCUGGCCCUUCUGUCAAAACUACUUUGGAAAGAGAUACUGUUGAUUCCGUAUCAGACCAUCCAUAGCAGUAAUAUAUAUAAGUUGACCAUAAUAAGUGCUCGAUUUAAAUAAAUGGCUCCACAUUUUAUUUACUUGCAAGCUUGCAUUCAUUUGAUGCUUGUGAUACCUUCUUAUUGUGGAAUUAGGGUUGGAUCAAGAACUCACUUUAGUGCUUGAAUAAUUUUACUAAUUGCAAGUUAUAACCUCCUGUUUGGAUAUCUUCUAUCUCUUCCUUUUUCUGAGUGCUUAAAGAUCUUUUUUGAUGUUUGAACUGAGUUUCCAUGUUACUUUUGAUUUGGGGUUGCAUGAAGGGGACUUGCAUUUCAUAUUAUACUUGCAACACGCCUUCUUAUAGUGGAAUUGGGAUUUGGAAUAGGAGCAUACAAUAAUGCUUGGGUAAACUAGUGCAGUUGAAGAUCUCCUCUUUAGAUAUCCUCCAUUUCUUAUUUUGCAGCAGCCUAUGAAACCAUGAUAUCAGACUCCUUUUGUUAAUUCCUAAUUCUGAAUAUGCAUGAAUGCAAAUGAUAAGGAAGAUUGAUGUUGAAAUAGGGCUUUGCAUGUCCCUAAUUUUGGCCUAUGCUUAGACUUAAGGAAAUUAUUUUGAUGAGGAUCGUAAAAGGGUGAAAAUCAAGGAGUAAAGCUUUCUGAUGAGGAGUGGACCAAUGGCCACGUGUUAGUCUCAUUUUCUAGGGCAGUAAGAUAUGACACUAAAAAGGUUAUAAGAGCCAUACAAAAGAAGAGCUACCACUAUUCCUUGCCCUAACACUCGGCUAAAAGCAACAGGCUGCAGUUCGAAUAAGAGUACUAGUAACUGAUCAAUGCUGAAAUUUUUGUUUCUGAGAUUUGUUACAGAAGAAAAUGGCAGAAGAAACUGGUGUAUCUGUUUUUACAGAUAUUCCAGAAUCUACGUCUACUAGGUUGAAUACAGAUGUACAGGCAAAUAGCAACUUUCAUGGGUCUGGUCUACCUGGUCUUAAGAGGAGAGGCCAAGGUCAUGGGAGUCGCUCUUGGAUAAAGAUUGACGAGCAUGGAGAUUCAAAGAUUUUGGAAUUGGAUAAGGCUACUGUUAUGAGACAUUGUGCUUUGCCAGCUAGGGAUCUCCGUCUUUUGGACCCGAAGUUUAUCUAUCCUUCCACAAUAUUAGGGCGAGAGCAAGCUAUUGUGGUAAACCUUGAGCAGAUCAGAUGUGUCAUUACAGCUGAGGAGGUUAUACUGAUGAAUUCUUUGGAUGCUUGUGUACUGCAAUACGAGUCUGAAUUGCGUAAACGCCUUCAGACAAAUAAAGAUCAGCCGGAUGGUCUUCCUUUCGAGUUUAGAGCCCUUGAGCUAGCUUUGGAGCUAACUUGCUUGUCACUUGAUGCUCAGGCGAAAGAAUUAGAACUGGAGGUAUACCCCGUGCUUGAUGAACUAGCUUCAUCUAUUAACACUCUAAAUCUGGAACGAGUUCGUAGAUUGAAAGGUCAGCUGCUUGCCUUGACUCAGCGAGUCCAAAAGGUAUGUGAUGAAAUAGAACAUCUAAUGGAUGAUGAUGGUGACAUGGCUGAGAUGUACUUAACAGAGAAGAAACAGAGGAAGGAGGAUUUUCUUAAUAAUGAUUUAUAUGAUCAAGCGGAUAUAUUUGGAAAAAUUAGAGGAGCACCAAGAUCUGCUCCAGUCUCACCUGUAUCAUCAACUACUGGGGUGCAGAAGUUGCAACGGGCAUUCAGUAAUUUGAGCUCAAGCAAACAUGGAAGUGUUUCAGCUUCAUCUAAUGGUCAAGAAAAUAUUGAUCAGCUUGAAAUGUUGCUUGAAGCAUAUUUUGUGGUCAUUGACAGCGCUCUGAACAAGUUGUCUUCACUUAAAGAAUAUAUUGAUGAUACAGAGGAUCUGAUCAAUAUAAAACUUGGCAAUGUCCAGAAUCAGCUAAUACAAUUUGAGUUGCUACUGACAGCUGCCACUUUUGUGGCAGCAAUUUUUGCUAUGGUGACUGCAGUAUUUGGGAUGAACUUGAAAACUACAGUUUUUAACGAUCCAGAUGGGUUUAACUGGACUCUUAUCAUCACUGGACUCUUUUGUUUGGUCGUAUACAUUGCUUUCUUGAUUUACUUUAAGCAUAAGAAACUCUUUCCACUGUAAACAAUCUUAACAUCUAUAAUGAAGGUGGAGUGGAAAUGCCACGAUCAUUUGAUUCUUCA